CACCGCGGAGGACGGCGGCGCGCUCGGAGCGGGAGCGCAGCGCAGGGCGAGGAGGAGAGGGGUCUGCGCGCCCCCGCUACCCAGAAGCCAUCGGACGGUGACACCGCUCGGCGGUCCCCGGAGCCCAGCCCCGGCCGAUCCCCGCCCACCGCUCCCCACCCUCUGCAGGACGCGCCCCUCCAGCCCGCCCCAGCCCUUCGCUGGAGGGGAGGCGGGAAAAGAGCGAAAGCCUCUCCCACCGCCCUGCCCCCAGCCCCGCCACUCCCAGGCUGCUUCGGACUCGGCUCGUCCUCCUGGGAUUGUCUCGGGGGGGACCGCGCGCUGCAGACACCAUGGAGGUGGUGCUGAUCUUUCUGUGCAGCCUGCUGGCCCCCGCGGUCCUGGCCAGUGCUGAGCAGGAGAAAGAAAAGGACCCUUUCCAUUAUGACUACCAGACCCUGAGGAUUGGGGGAUUGGUGUUCGCUGUGGUCCUCUUCUCCCUGGGGAUCCUGCUCAUCCUAAGUCGCAGAUGCAAGUGCAGUUUCAAUCAGAAGCCCCGGGCUCCAGGGGACGAGGAGGCCCAAGUGGGAAACCUCAUCACUGCAAAUGGUAACUGUCGGGACCCUCUGCCCAGCAACAGAGCCCCAGAAAGCAGAGAACUGAAGUGCAGCCCUCAGGUGGGAAGCCUCCAGAACCUGAAGGCAGCUGCUUGAACCUUUAGAUGCAAACCGCCACUACAGCAACAGGUCUUUCCCCAGGAGAAGCCAAGACUUGCGUGUCCCCCCGCCCCAUCCCCAUCCCUCGAACACCAGUCCUCAAUGUAGUGAUGCAACUAACACCCGCCUCCCCACCUGCAGCCUGCGUUCUUGUCCCCUCCUGUGAUGUGUGUGUGUGUGUGUGUGUGUGUGUGUGUGUGUGUGUGUGUGUGUGUGAUGACUGUGGUCUUCGUGGCUGCUUGUCUGUGAGUGACGUUGUGUUUUAGUGAACCUGGACUCACUUUCCUGGGCAGGGGCUGAGCCACAUCACCAUCAGCUCGUGCCUGCUCCCCUGCGGCCCCAUCACUUCCUGCUCCUGAGAGUCUGCUUUUUCCCUGAGACACCAGUCCCUUCUCUUGAUUUAGGGGUGGGUGUAGGGGCAGGAGCUCGGGCAGGAGUCUCCAGUUGUCUUGGGACUUGAGAAGGUUUAUAUCACCUUCACGAUCAUUCUUCAUGGCCUCUCUUCACUCCUUUUACAAGCACCUCGCUUCCGUAGUCCACCCCUGACCCAAGUCUGUUCUGAGGGUCUCUUAGCAAUCGGAAGUUCUUUGCCUUCAGGCAGGCUGUGCCCCUUCCAUGGUCAUUUUCCUCUUGGGGGCUUCCACCAUGGAGUCCCCAUCUGCCGCGCCCCGUCGCAGAGCGGCCAGGGAUUCUAGGCCCAGGGCUCCCACUCUGCCCCUUGGGAAUGUGCCCCUUGCAUAUCUUCUCAGCAAUAACCCCAUGGGCCCUGGAACCCCGCCCCCCUCUCCCACCUUCCCAGCUUCCGAGACUCCCAUCUACCGCCCAGCUCGUCUGGACUCAGACUCACGUCCCCGAGUUGGGUCUCCACCAGCGAUGGCUGAGGGAAUCUGUCCUGCUGGGGCCAGCACUCUGGGGAGGAGGGCAGGGAGAGCAGGGGUCCUUUGCUUCUCUGUCCACAUCCCGUUGGUCAGGCAGCAGAGACGGCCCCUGCACCGUUUGCUCCCCGCCACUGGUUAGAGCGGCCAGUACAGCGGCUGUGCUGCAGGCUGGAGACUGGCAGAGGAAACAGCAAGAGGUCGAAGGUCAUAAAGAGUGGAAAAUCAACCAGACCCCGCCCCUCCCGUCCAUUGUGUUCUCGUGGAAACUAACCAAACCGUGCUGCUGUGACCAGGACUGCUCUUUGUGUUGUGCUCUAUCCUCUCAACAACAAAAGGGAAUAAAAUACCAUUUGUUUCCUAGUG